AUGGAGGACCAAGAUGCUGUUAAGGCGACUCAAGAUUCGCCCCCGGCCGACGAGCCGGCCCCGAAGCAAGCGAGGCUUGAGACCCCGGAGCCGAAGCCCACAACAGUCUUGGACGAACAUGGUGACUUGCGUCUUUGGGUCGGUGCCGAUCAUGCCAAAGAUCCCUCGACCUACCUAGUCUGCUCGAGAACCCUCGCCCGUUCAUCCCUGGUGCUGAAGAAGAUGCUCUUUGGCAGCUUCGCCGAGUCUCGACCCCGGGAUGGUGGCCAGGACGAUUGGGUAGUCCAACUCCCGGACGACGAGCCGGCGCCGAUGCAACUCAUGCUCAACAUCUUCCAUGGGCAUUUCGCCAAGGUGCCCGGCACGAUGGAUCUCGACACCCUGCACGCUCUUGUUGUUCUCCUGGACAAGUACGACGCCAUCUCUGUUACUCGCCCGUGGGUUCAGGCUUGGCUGCAAAGCGCCAAAUCGGGCAAGGACAGCAACGCAACGGGCAGAGACAGCAGCAAACUGCUCUCUGUCGCGUGGGCACUGGGCGAUUUGCGGUUGUUCAGCACAAUGCAAUCACGCCUUAUCGAGAUAUGCGACGUCGACGAAGAUGGCCGCCUGAUCGUCGAACUUCUUGUGUCCGAGGUUGGGGAAGACAAGUCUUGCUGGAGCCUGCUUGCAGAAGAAACAGCACCCUUGAUUCCGCCUAAUGUGAUUGAUUAUAUGACGGCGGCGCGGGCGCAAUGGAUAUCUACAAAGCUCCAGCCCUAUCUGACGAUCUACCAAGAGUUGACACAGGGCAAAUGGAAAUGUAAACGCGAACCUGCCCAGUUUGUCACAUCAUCAUCGUCGACUUCCCCCCCUUCCCACUGCAAAGCGAUCGCUCUCGGCUCCCUUGUCCGGGGAUUCCUCAAGAUGGGAAUCAACAUUACAGACCAAGACCCGGCCAGCUCCUACCGAGAAAGCCUUGCAGCUUUGGGAUCACGUGUCGACGCACUUGAGAUCCUCGUCAUGCCAAACGGCGGAAACUACAAUCACAACGAUUGCAGGAAGAUGGAGGCCACACAAGUCAGACAGUGGGCGCGGAUGCUGGUUCCGUUGGAGACCAUCGGGGAUGAUUGCAGAGCUCGCCUCGAAGCCCAAGCCACGAAGACCGGGCUGCCGAGCAAGUGA